AGGACUAUGACUGGCUUUGCCACCAUAUCUCAAAUCACUACCACUAAGCAAGUUAUUAAAAGCAAUAACAUCACCCAUGUCGAAGGUGGUUUGUGUGACCGGAGCCAGCGGCGCCAUCGGUUCAUGGGUGGUUCUCCUCCUCCUCCAGCGUGGCUACACCGUCCAUGCCACCGUCCAAAAUCUCAAGGAUGAAGAGGAGACGAAACAUUUGGAAGAAAUGGAAGGAGCGAAGAGUGGUCUCCAUCUUUUUGAAAUGGAUCUUCUGGACAUUAACUCCAUUGCUGCAGCCGUGAAGGGUUGUUCCGGCGUAAUCCACCUCGCAUGUCCCAACAUCAUUGGUCAAGUCAAAGAUCCCGAGAAGCAGAUAUUGGAACCGGCGAUAGAAGGAACGGUGAAUGUGCUGAAGGCGGCGAAGGAAGCGGGGGUGGAGCGAGUGGUGGCGACGUCGUCCAUCUCAUCGAUUAUGCCGAGUCCCAAUUGGCCAGCUCAUAAGAUUAAGGGAGAGGAAUGUUGGACCGAUCUUGAUUACUGCAAGGACAAGGGGUUGUAUUAUCCCAUUGCAAAGACUCUAGCGGAGAAAGCAGGUUGGGAGUUUGCAAAGGAGACAGGUUUUGAUGUUGUCAUGAUCAACCCUGGCACUGCCUUGGGCCCUCUCCUUCCACCAAGAAUCAAUUCAAGCAUGGCUGUGCUUGUUAGUGUUCUCAAAGGUGACAAAGAGACAUACGAGAAUUUCUUCAUGGGAAUGGCUCACUUCAAAGACAUAGCAACAGCACACAUUUUGGCACUUGAGAACAAGAAAGCUUCCGGAAGGCACUUGUGUGUGGAAUCUAUUCGCCACUUCAGUGAUCUUGUGGACAAAGUCGCUGAAUUAUACCCCGAAUACCCUGUGGCAAAGUUGCCCAAGGAUACCCAACCAGGGUUGUUGAGAGCAAGUGCACAGGAGGCAUCAAAGAAGCUGAUUGAUUUAGGCCUAGAGUUCACUCCUGCUGACCAAAUCAUCAUGGAUGCAGUGGAGAGUUUGAAGAGUAGAGGCUAUGUCUAAUUCCUCUGUUGUUGCAUAGUGCACUGUUACAAGUAGUGAUGGUGUUAAUAUUCUUCUACCAUUGCUGCCUUUGACUCAUUGUUCAUGUUAUUUAUGUUUUUGUUUCUACUUUUGGUUUCGGUUCUGUGCGUAUAAUUGUAGUCUAAAAUAAGGGUCAACUGUAACAGUCGCUGUAAGGAUCAAUAUUUGGCAACAUUUCUUAUUUAUCAUCUCAUGUGAUUAUUAAAA